AUGGCCGACCAAGGCUCAUCGGCGGGUAAAAUAGCAGGCGGCAUUGUCGGGGCCCUUCUCCUAGUGGCUGUUGUUGUUGUCCUCGUCAUCCUAUACAGGAGGCGCAGCUCGUCAGCCAGCAGUGACAGGCCGUUAGGUUUGUCCAGGAACCAGGCAGAUAGACCGGAAAACCACGCUAUUGGCAUGGAAAACAGAGGGCUCCAUGCAGAUAAUGUACCAGUUCAGAUGAAUGAAGCAGAUGAGGCUCUACCCUAUGAGAAUCUAUUCACAACUGUCGUGUCUGCGGACGAGUUUUGGGAAUAUUAUCACAGGAAAAAAGCCUCUGAUGGAUUCAGCGCCGAAUACGCUAAAUUUCCUGCGGGGUUACAGGCAAAGCACGACGUGGCAGAUCUGCCAUGCAACAAAAUCAAGAGUCGAUACAAAAAUCUAGUAGCAUACGACCAUUCGCGCGUGGUUCUAAAACCCUCGAACAAAAGUGGACAGUCGGAUUAUAUCAACGCCUCGUAUAUUAAUGGAUUUGAGAAGCCAAAGAAGUUCAUCGCAUCUCAAGAGCCCACUGACCUUAUCAUAAACGACUUUAUGCGCAUGAUCUGGGAACAGAACGUUGGCACAGUUGUCAUGGUAACAAACUUAGUUGAGGACACCAAGAAAAAGUGUAACCAGUACUGGCCGACCGAGGGCUCCACAAAGUUUGGUGUGAUUGAAGUGACAUUACUGAAUGAGGAGUUGUAUGCUAAUUAUAACAUUAGGACUGUGCAGCUGAGUAACGCCAUGAGUAAGCCCAAGAUUCUCACACAGUUCCACUUCACCGCCUGGCCAGACCACAGCGCUCCCUCCGACGCCUCCGUGCUUCUCGACUUCCGGGACAAGGUUGUAGAGCACAGCUCGAACUUGCCUGGACCAAUUGUCGUCCAUUGCAGUGCCGGAAUAGGACGGACGGGGACGUUCAUCGCUCUGGACUACCUGAUUAAUCAGGCUAAGGCGGAGGGAAUGGUAGAUGUGCCGGCCUGUGUGGAACUUCUCAGACAACAGCGAGUUAAUAUGGUGCAGACACAGGAACAGUAUGAGUUUCUUCACGAGGCUCUGGCAGAAGCCCUGAAACUGAACAACACUUCCAUCCCUACUGUGAACUUUGCCGCCGUGUACUCUGACCUUUGCACUAUCGACCCAGUGACUGAACAACCCAAAAUGGCGGUACAGUUCAAGAUUCUGGGGGAAGUCUCACCUCAGCUUGACGAAGCGAGCCAAAAAUCAGCCCGUCUGAAAGAAAACUUUCCCAAGAACAGAAACAAGAGGAUCUUAGCAGUGGAUAGGUGCAGACCGUAUCUAUCGACGCCAGUGAGUGGCUGUAACGACUACAUCAACGCCGUCUUUCUUCCGGGAUACAGAAAGAAAAGAGGUUUUAUCCUCACCCAGACGCCUCUCCCAAUCACGGUGGUGGACUUUUGGCGCUUGGUGUACGAUCACGGCGUCCGUACCAUCAUCAUGUCAGACCACGCCGAUCCAAGGGAUAAGAGCGUGGGUAUAUAUUGGACUGACAAGAAUGGGGAGUUUGGUCCAUUCAAGACGGAAGUAACAGACGUGGAUCAGAGAGAGGACUUCACUACCUGGACUUAUCACCUGAUUUUCAAAGACGAGAAAGCACGUCAACCCGUUAAACAGUUCCGCUAUAAAAAAUGGCCGAAGAAACCUUCCCAGGAAUCUAUACCGUCAUUUUUGACACUUCUGCAAAGCGUAGAAAUCUGGCAAAGGGAAUCUGAAAAUGCCCGUAUCUUGGUACAUUGCAGGGACGGAGUGACGAAGAGUGGGUUGUUCUGUGUGGCUUGGUCCGUACUAGAGAGGCUGAAGGUUGACCAGAACGUCAAUAUCUUACAGACUGUCAGACAGAUGAGGAACAACAGGCCGGAGAUUAUUACUGAUCUGGAGCAGUUUAGAUUUCUACACCAGAUCGUGAUCAACUAUUUGGAGAACUACCAAACCUACGCCAAUUUCGGCUAA